UUAAUUUUUGUUCAUUGCAGCUAAAUAACCCCCAGAAACUUGCCCACCCCCCUUGUAAUAUCUUCAAAUAGAUACAUAAGAAAACAUACAAGAGAGUGAUGCUGAAGUCAGAGCCACAGCCGAAUAUUUCAGCCCGGCGAAGUGAGGUUCAGUUUAAGCAUGAACCUGCUUGGAGCCAGUGUGGGUGAGGUGAGGGCUGGGCUGGUGCAGAAGGUGGUGUCGGCGGUGGAGGUGUGUGAGGCAGCACUCAAGAGACAGGCGGUGGUGGCAUCACUGCGGCCCUUCAUCACCCCCACACAGGACACUGCCAGGGAGGCUGCCCAGCGUGCACACUGCAGAUAUGAAGAAGGCAAGCUGGUUGGGGCCCUGGAUGGCAUACCAGUGGCUAUCAAGGACAACUUCUGCACCCAAGGCAUCCUCACCACCUGUGGAUCCAACAUGCUGCGUCACUACAUUCCGCCCUACUCUGCCACAGUGGUAGAACGUCUGCUGGGUGCUGGGGCUGUGCUGGUGGGCAAGACGAACCUGGAUGAGUUUGGCAUGGGCUCCGGCACUAUAGAUUCCUCCUUCGGGCAGUCUAGGAAUAUCUAUCGGUCUGGCAUUGAGUACGAGCUGACGGGGACAGAGGAGAAAUACCCAACAUCAGGCCUGGAGCAUGACGACUGGGUGGUGACAGGUGGCAGCUCGGGUGGCAGUGCCCUGUCUGUGGCCACUGGGACAGCCUUUGUGGCACUGGGGUCUGAUACAGGAGGCUCUGUUCGUAACCCCUCCUCCUACUGUGGGGUGGUGGGGUUCAAGCCUUCCUAUGGCCUGGUGCCUCGCUGGGGCCUCGUCAGCCUUGUCAAUUCAAUGGAUGUACCGGGGCUGUUUGGCCGCCAUGUGGAUGAUGUGGCAACGCUCUUGUCUGUUGUGGCUGGCCAGGAUCCUAUGGACUCUACCAGCGUUUGGAGUGACUUCAAGACCCUGCAGCUGCCCCCUGUACCGAGCCUGGAGGGGGUGGUGGUGGGGGUGCCCAGGGAGUACCACCAGCCAGGGACCAGUGGGGAGGUGGUAGAGGCGUGGACCAAGGUGGCGGACUUAAUGGAGGACGCUGGGGCUAAGGUCCGCGAGGUAUCAAUGCCACAUACAGAGCUCUCCAUCAUCUGCUAUGCCAUCUUAAAUACAUGUGAGGUGGCUUCGAACUUCACACGAUACACCGGCGUUGGUUAUGGGCAUCGGGAGACAGUGGGGCAGUCCAUGGAGGCCCUGUAUGCCCUGACACGCCGCGCAGGACUCAACGAGGUGGUGAGAGGGCGUGUGCUUGCCGGGAACUACUUUUUGUUGAAGGAGAACCGGAAGAAGUACUUUGAACAGGCGCUGAAGGUGCGGCGCCUCAUCUGGCAGGACUUCCAGGAGGUGUGGCGCAGUGGUGUGUCGCUGCUCCUCACCCCCACCACCCUCACCCCGGCCCACAGACACUCCACCUUCAGCCUGCUAGACAACCGCACCCAGACAGCCAAGCAGGAUGUAUGCACACAGUCUGCGAACAUGGCUGGGGUGGGGGCGGUCAGUGUGCCUGUGGGGAUGAAUGGGGAUGGUCUGCCUCUUGCCCUCCAGCUCAUGGCUCCCUGGGGUCAAGAUGCUGCUCUCCUCGCUGCAGCCAAGUGGAUAGAACAGCGUGUCAGUUUUCCAAGACUGCGGAUUCUAUAGUGUUUGCUGUUAGUUGUUUGUGUAUAGUUUAUUUAUUUAUUUUCUAGUAGUAUGGCUUGUUUGUGCAUUGUUGUGUGAGUCAUUACACAAGCAGUAUUUAUAUUUAUUGUGUGAAUGCUUUGUUUGUGUUUCUUUGUGUUGGUUGGUUUUGUUUGUGGGUAUUUCUAUGUGGUGUGCUUGUGUUGUAUAUUGUAUAUAAUUGUAUUCUUUGUAUAGUAUUUAUUUAUUUUUAUUAUCAUGGUAGGUUUUUAUUAUACUUACUCAUCCUGUUGGUCAUCAGUGAAUUUAUUGUAUUUGAUAACAUUUUUUACUUAAAGAAUGCAGUUGUGUGUAUAUUUUCAUUGUUGUAAUUUUUUUAUAAUGUUCUAGUUUUUUUAUAUCUUCAUUAGCAGUGUCUUUUGUCAGAGUUCAUUUUUACUGUUAUUGUUAUUGUUGUUAUUGUUAGGUGGAGUUUUGUAUAUUUAUCUGUCUGUAUUCUUGUUAUCCCUGGAUAGGUUUUCUUCCUUUAGUUUGGAUUGGACGGCAUUCCCUUGUAGUUUUUACUGGUUCUUGAGUAUAAUUGGUUUUGGUUUCUUUUUUUAGUUAAAUAAUAUUCUUUUAAUCUUUUGUCCACUCUCAGGCUUUUGUUUUAGGUUUCUUCUUUUGUUGAAUAGUGUUCCUUUGCUUAGUUUUCUGUUGAUUUUUAAAAUUUUUUUUGUUUUUGUUUUUGUUUUUAGUUGAUUACCUUUGCUUUGUUUUGUCUUUCUGUCAAUUCUGGAGCAUCUGUAUUCCUUUGCUUGACACGUCCAUUGAGUGCCUCUGGGGUUGUCCUCAUCAGCUGUGCCUCUGCUGUUGUCUGUUACUCUCCACAGCAGCUCAGGAAUAUCAAUUAUUAUUGCACCAAACAA